GCUCGGGCUGUGGCACCCGACUCGGGCUGAGCCAUGGCCCCGCGCCCCGCCGCGCUGCCGCGGCUGCUGCUCUGCUCCGCGGCGCGGGCGCUGCUGUGCCUCGGGCCCGUGUACCUGGCGGGGUACCUGGGGCUGAGCGGCAGCUGGCUGCUGCUGGCGCUGGCGCUCUGGCUCUGCUGGGGACUCAACCGGCGGGGGAAGCGCGACCGCCUGGCCGCCGCCUUCGCGCUGCUGGAGGAUGAGCGGGAGGCGGUGUGCCGGGGCCUGGCAGCCCGGCACCUGCCCGCCUGGGUUCACUUCCCUGAUGUUGAACGAGUGGAGUGGCUGAACAAGGUCCUUGUACAGGCUUGGCCAUACUUUGGAACAAUCAUGGAAAAAACAUUCAAAGAAGUUCUGGAGCCAAAAAUCAGAGCAAAGAGUGUACAUCUGAAAACAUGCACCUUUACCAAGAUCCACUUUGGCGAGAAGUGCCCUAGAAUUAAUGGAAUAAAAGCCUACACCAAAGAAAUUGAUAGAAGACAAGUUACCCUGGACCUGCAGAUCUGUUAUAUAGGGGACUGUGAGAUUCACAUGGACAUAUCGAAAUUUAAUCUUGGCGUGAAAGGUGUACAGCUGUAUGGGACACUGCGGGUGAUCCUGGAGCCUCUCCUGACUGAUGCACCCUUUGUUGGAGCAGUGACCUUGUUUUUCAUGCAGAAACCACAUUUGGAAAUCAACUGGGCAGGCAUGAGCAACCUUCUGGAUGUCCCAGGAAUUAAUGUAAUGUCAGACUCAUUAAUUCAAGACUUCAUUGCUGCACGGCUGGUUCUGCCCAACAGAGUCACAGUGCCUCUGAAAAAAAACAUGAACAUUGCCCAUUUGAGGUUCCCUGUCCCCCAGGGAGUAAUAAGGGUUCAUCUGUUAGAAGCUGAAAACCUUGUCCAGAAAGACAAUUUCCUUGGUGCCAUCAGGGGGAAGUCUGAUCCGUACGCUCUCCUCCGCGUUGGCACCGUGCAGUAUCGAAGCAAGACAGUCUCCAGGGAUCUUAAUCCCAUUUGGAAUGAGACAUUUGAGUUUGUUGUUCAUGAAGUGCCUGGUCAGGACUUAGAAGUGGAUUUGUAUGAUGAAGAUCCAGAUAAAGAUGACUUUAUGGGCAGCUUGCUGAUAAGCCUAGUGGAUGUAAUGAAUGACAGAACUGUUGAUGAGUGGUUUCCCUUGAGUAAGACAACAAGCGGACACUUGCAUUUGAAACUGGAGUGGCUUUCACUGGUAAACGACCAAGAAAAGCUGCAUGAGGAUAAGAAGGGUCUGUCUACAGCAAUUCUGAUUGUCUACUUGGACAGUGCCUUCAACCUCCCUAAAAACCACUUUGAGUAUUCGAACGGUGAAUGUGGAACAAAGAAGAUCAAAAAUAACAAGUACCUCAAGAAGAUGGAACGAGAACCUUCCUCCUUUGUUCUGCUCACAGUUGGGAACAAGACUCAGAAGAGUAAGACCUGCAAUUUCAGCAAAGAUCCCACCUGGGGCCAGGCUUUCACCUUCUUUGUCCACAGUGCUCGUUCCCAAUCACUCCACAUUGAGAUAAAGGACAAGGAGCGGGAUAGUGCCCUGGGAACUUCAGUGGUGUGUCUCUCCCACUUACUUAAGGACCCAAGCAUGACUCUGGAUCAGAGAUUCCAGCUGGACCAUUCCAGUUCAGACAGCUUCAUUAAGAUGAAACUUGUACUGCGGGCACUGGAUGUUGAAGAACCUGAUCCACAAAGAGUCAAGGCUGGUGUCAGUGCCUCGAAGCUAGGUCCUGUGCAUGUCAUGGAGAAGGCUGGAAACCAGCAGAAGUUUUCCUCUCCACAAGUCUCAAAAGUACCUCCCAUGAGCAAAGACUCUGCAGCACUUGACUCUCUGCCAAAAAAGGACAGUAGUGGUGAAGACCUGGGCGCUAAAGACAGUUCAGGAGCCCCUGUACCAAGUGAAACUGUGUCUGGCCUUGAUGAAGCAGAGGGGAAGCAAAACCCAGAGCAUGGCCCACCAUCAGCAUUGCCCAGCGGAGCAGUGGCCGUGCCCACACUGCCUGUCCUGCAGGAAAUGAGGGUGGCACCCAGUGUCACUUCACUGGGGUCCCUGCCUUCUUCCUGCUUUGAAUUAAGUAGCAGCAACCUGGACAUUCAUAAUGGGACUGAGAUGCCUCUGGGGGAGAUCCAGCUGACCGUGCGCUACGCCUCCAUCCGGCAGAGCCUCGUUGUGCUGGUCAACGGCUGCAGAAACUUGGUACCCUCUUCCAAUCGUGGAGUGGAUCCAUAUGUCCGGAUAUACCUGCUGCCAGACAGAAGAUGGACAAGCAGGAAGAAGACUUCUGUUAAGAAAAAAACUCUGAACCCCCAAUACGAUGAGAAGUUUGAAUUUUUUGAAUCUUUGGAAAAUGUCAAGAAAAGGACACUGGACAUUGCAGUGAAAAACAGCAGGCCAUUCAUUUCACAGGAGAGGAAGGAGCUGGGGAAAGUGCGCAUUGACUUGUCCCGGGAGGAUUUAAUAAAAGGCUUUGCCCAGUGGUAUGAGCUGACAAGGAGCAGACGCAAGAAAAUCUGAUUUCUUCUCAUGUACAUAAAUUACUACUUUUUCAACUUCCUAUGGAUGUACAUAUCUCUUGUAAUUAACUUGUUUUGCACAGUCAUUGCAAAUUUGAAGCAGGCUCCAGCUCAGGACAUGCAAAUUUAAUGAUCCUAUUCAGGGAUUAGUUCUCACUGAAGUUAAACAUAUUUUCCCCCACAUAGGGAAUAAUUUGUCUUUAAAGAAUAAGUCCUUUAUUUUUGCUAUUUCUGGCAAAUCCCUCCUCAAAGGACCUUUAAGUGUGAAACCUCUCUUAAAGAAGGGUUGUACCUGGGGAGAUUUUGGACUGUCAGCCAAGUGUCAUUACUUUGCUUGGCAGUCUGAUGGCCCUAGGAACUUGUUCAUGUUAUUUAACAUGGCAGUGGUGUACUUUUAAAAGAAUACAUUUUGAAACAGUAUUCUUCAGCUGUAGGGCUAGAGAACCUUUUAAAAGAGAAACUCUUUAACAGCUAUUUUUUUUGAGAAACUAAAGUUGGUAGUCCACUGUUCAAAAGUACCUUAGCUGACUGUGGCUGCAGGUAUGUAAAUAAUGAGCUUCCAAAGCAGGGAGAUGAACUCACCAAGAUGUCAUUAAGGUUUUAGUUUGUGACACCUUAACUGGUUUUGUCCUUUGUUACAGUACAUUUCAAAAUCUUGUAAACCCAGAUUCUGUCUGAGGAACAGCAAAGUUUUGUAAACUAAGCUUUAAUAAUAUUGAGGCAAAAUAUUUUUGGAAGCUUGGUGUACUUGUUUCUGUACAAUAAACUUUUAAUUGUCUUGCAUAAGAGACUUGAUCUAAUCCUUUCUAAAACUGACUUUUGGAAUACAACAAUGGUAAGUUCAAACCAUCACCUGAAGCAAAUUCCAAAGAUUUUUGGCCUAGAUUACAUUAACCCAGUCUGCCUCAGUCCAUAAUCUGAGAGAAUACUCACUGAGUAACAAUGUUCCCAUCCCAAACUGAUCUGGAAAUGUGAACCACAUUUUAAAAUAGGCUCUCAAGAAAACCAAGAUUGAGCAUUUGUGUAAGUGUGCUGGCUAUGGCAGUGAGGGCAUCUUUACCUCAUACAUACCUCACUGGGUCAGCAAUAUUAAAAGUGGUUGGAGUUUGUGCUGGAUGUUGUGCUGGGUUCAUUUUCC